AUGCGCUUCACCGAGAGUAUUGUUUUGGCAAUUCUUGCCGCCACCACUUCCGCCGCCCCAGUUGAGAACAAAGCUGGCGACAAGCGCACCCCCGCCGCUGGCAAGGAAUACCUGCACUUGGCCGGCGAUCGCGCACCCGUUGCCGGCAAGGAGUACCUGCACUUGCUAGGUGAGGUCCUCGAUAAGCGCGCCGCUGGCAAGGACGCCGAUGUCCUCGAUAAGCGCGAGACUCAGCAAAAGUGA